GUUUCAGUUGACAUUGUUAAGUUAAAGUAAAGUCACAUGCUUUUGGACAAUCAAUAGUUUUUAUUUAUUAACGAGCAAAGUAAAACUGGAACAAUGAAGGCACAUAUCUUUGCAAUAUUUACAUUAAUAGUACUUAUGGGAAUACAUUGUGACGCAGAAGUGUUGAAAAGCAAUGGAACUGCCGGUAAAGAUCUGAAUGCAAAGACACUUGUGUCCUACGGGCGGGAAUUUAAUGAUUCCUUGAUAACGAUGAUUGGAAGAGUGAUUGAAAAUUAUCACGUGUGUACUGCAUGGUCAGAAUGGUCCGAAUGUGGCGCAAAAGCAACAGAUUUUUUCUCUACCAGAACUAGAACCAGGCGUUGUGGGGAAACAGGAGCGAGAUUCGGUCAUCGUGAUGAAAUUGAAGCCGGAGUCUGUGAAGGAGGAACUGAAAACAAAACGAAGACAACGUGCCCUGUCAGUUAUCAUACGACCACAAAAGGAUUUUGCCUAAAACUGUAUACUGAAGCUAAAACUCAUUCGGAUGCGGUAUCCGUGUGCAAGAGAGAUGGAGGCUACCUUGUCAACAUUGACUCGGAUCAGAAGUAUGAUGAUAUAAAGGCAAUAAUAAUUGCAAAUAAUAUAACAACACAAAUUAACAUUGACGGCAAUCGUGUCAACUCACAGUGGAAAUUUUCUUAUGGUUCCACAAACGGAUAUUUUCACUGGUUUCCAAACAAUCCAUCCUCAAACCAUUUGUAUAACUGUUUACGCUUAGCUGGAAACAGACCUGAUGCAAAUCAUCGAUUCCGCACUUACAAUUACUUAUGCGAUAGUGAUCCGAUUCCUUUCAUUUGUGAAUUCGUUUUCAACUGAUAGUAGCUACGAAAUGAAGAGGAUGAACUAUUACCUUCAUGCGAUGUAAAUUGAGCAUCUUUAGUAGCAUACAAUGUUAAAUCACUGAAUAUUUCAAUAAUUAUUGGUAUAAGUUUGCUAUUCUUACUGUUUAUUCUUUAAAGAAAGUACUGUUUUUCUCUGCAUUUUAUCUUCUAAUAUUAUACUUGUUCAUUUCUGCAUUAAUAAAGUGAUUGAUCUUAAAAAAGAGCUUUUAUAUUUGCAUACA